AUGGACCUGCUGUCAGAGAAGGACAAGGAGCUGAUCCGAGGAAGCUGGGAGAGUCUGGGCAAGAACAAAGUGCCCCACGGUGUUAUCAUGUUCUCCAGACUGUUUGAGCUGGACCCCGAGCUGCUCUCUCUCUUCUACCACAGGACAAAGUGUAGCUCUAGUCAGGACUGCCUGUCCAGCCCGGAGUUUGUGGAGCAUGUGACUAAGGUGAUGCUGGUCAUUGAUGCUGCUGUCAGUAACCUUGACGAUCUGCCCUCGUUGGAGGACUUCCUGCUGAACCUGGGGAGGAAGCACCAGGCUGUGGGAGUGCACACACAGUCCUUUGCUGUGGUGGGGGAGGCCCUUCUCUACAUGCUACAGUGCAGUUUGGGUCAGGCCUACACUGCCCCUCUGCAACAAGCCUGGCUCAACAUGUACAGCAUCGUGGUGGCGGCCAUGAGCCGAGGAUGGGCCAAGAAUGGAGAGGACAAGGCCGACUGA